GUUGCUCAACUUCUUGACGUAUUAUUUGGCUUUUUAUUUGAGGCUUUUGAGUGUGAUCGUCGUGACCGUGUUUUAAUUAAUCAAUCAUGUUGUGGCGGAAAGAAUCAACGGCAACCGAUGCCUUGUACAUCGACAUUAUCCAUAGGCUGAGAAUUAAUCCGGAGUCCGCAAGCGAUCGAUUUCCAACAAACGGGGAUGAUGGCAAGGAUGAUCAGAAAUCAAUCGAAUAUCGUGAGCAAGCCGACGCCGAAUUCGAAGAGAAUAAUUUUGAUGCAGCAAUCGAAUUGUACAAUAAAAGUUUAUGCUACGCAGAAAGUAAGUCUGAGCACCUUGGAUUGGCUUAUGCGCAACGAGCUCAGUGUUUUUCCGCCCUGAAAAUGUUCGACAGAUGUCUGAUUGACAUUGAACUUGCUAAGAAAUCAAACUAUCCAAGGUCUCAACUGGACCAACUGGAAAAGCGCAAAAAUAUUUGUUUGAAUUUAAUCGAAAGCGGUGCCCAAGUGCAAUUGUUCCAACCGAAACUAGAUUUUCCGUCGCAUGAAAAGUACCCUGGAAUGGCAAACGUUCUGGAAUUUGAUCGAAAUGAUAAGUAUGGCAGACAUUUGGUUGCAACAGCUGAUAUCGAUGUUGGUCAAUUGAUUCUGCUUGAGAAGUGUUUUGCAACAAGAACAGACGAAUGUUAUCGAGAUUGCAACAUCUGUAUGAACGUUCAACAGAAUCUGGUUCCGUGUCCCAAAUGUACAAAAGCUCUCUUUUGCCAUGACUCAUGCGUGAACAACCGGAUUCACCCUUUCGAAUGUGACAUUUACCCGAUACUCGAAAGUCAUUGGGAGGUCCUUUCGAUGGGACUUCGAGUGUUUCUGGUUGGACUGAGUCUAUUUUCAAACGCCGAUGAAUUAAUUAACUUCGUGGAAGAAACGUUUACGAAAGAAGAUUCAUUUCAAUUGUCAACAAACGAUGCUAAGUCACAGUACGCUUUCUGUCUGCAGAAUCUAAAGGAAAAGUUCGAGCUCAGCGAAAUUGCACAACGUUUAGAAAACGCGUUAGGCGACAUUGGUCCGUUGAUGUACGGGGCGUGCAUUGCACACAACCAUUUUAACACAUUUUUUACGACCGAAAAGCAUCGUCGAUUUCUCAUGCACCUGCUCUGCCAUCACAUUAUUCUUGGUCAACUGUCUCGCAUACGAGUAGAUUUUCCAGUCAUCGUACAAUACUUCAAUCACUCCUGUGUUCCGAACAUGAAUACGUUUCUUGUUGACGGUUAUGUCAUUGGUGUGACAUUCCGACCAAUUCGCAAGGGUCAACAAGUGUUCAAAUGCUAUCUCGAUCCGAGCCAACCUCAGAUGUCCUAUGAUCAACGCCAACAGUAUCUGCUCGAAAGGUAUGCAUUUCAAUGCGAGUGCGAACGGUGCAUGGUAAAAGACAUACCGCCACCGGAAUGUCUUGAAGCGUUGCGUGCAGAUUCGGACUUUAUGCUGUUGAUGUGCUUUAACGAAAAUCCCGACGAUAGCGAUCAAAAUCAGCGAAAAUACCUGACGGAAACGGCAAAAGCCGUGUUGAGAAGACACGACGUGGUUUGGGCUGAUGGAUGUGAACGUCCCUCGACUUUGUAUCGUAAUUUAUUGAUUUAUAAGUUUAACUAUUUGAAUGAGUAUUGAAUCCUUUGGAACUUAUGGUGUGUGUAGUUAGUCGAAAUUGUUAGAUUAGAUUUAGUAGAGUCCAGUAUAAGUCAGUUCGAAUCAUAAGUUAAUUGCAUAUUUCAAGACGACACGAAUUUAACGUAUUAACCAGACAAUGUGUGAAUUGAACCUGGGUUAAAUAAAUUAAAAUUCUGAUCGAAU